CAAAUGAUGGCUAGCGGUUGCACGCAGGAUUUAUUUAGUAGGCUAAACUCAAAAGUUGGAUUUUUUAAAAGUUAUAGACAUGCUACACGCAAUUCAAUAUAUUUAAUUGACGAUUUCAACUUAAUUUGUUUGUCAUGGGCAAUUAUAGGCCUACCAUUAAUUGAAAACAAAUAUUCGAACAUUUUUUUAAAUCUGUAGGAGAGGGUAGUCUACGCUUCUAUUUUAUUGUACUGUUUAUAGGCUACUCGCGGCUUGUUGUCAGGUAGGCCUACUGUCAAUAAUAUGAGCUACUGUGCCUUUAAGACUGUAAGGUGUGGCUGAAUAUAGAGAAAGUAUCCGGAACAACCUGUGUAACAGAAACAGGUGUGGGAAGUAAUCACUCUCGAUAAAUGCAUGGAACCUUGUGCGCCCUGUAAGUGCCUAUGUGUUAAACUGCCUGUUGACGAUUUUUCUUUUUUGUUUCGAUCCACGGUAAUUCGCAAUCUCUGCACGUCAAAUAAAGUGAAUUCCGUGUAAAAUGUGUGGCCUGCUGCGGUGGCCAUACGUUGGGUGGGUUAGUCAAAAGUAUUCCUAGGUAUUACCUUUUGUCACACUCGUGUUUGUGCUGAUCUGCUGGGGUGAAGCUGUAGGUCUAGCUGUAACCAUGGGAAGGUCAGUGAGCCUUUUCCUGUUGCUCGCCGCACACCUGACAGGUGUGGCAAUUGGACAGACUUUGGAAAAGAUCGUGGGAACGCUUGGUGACACGGUUUCCCUGCCAUGCCACGGCAUUCCGAGCAACGGAACUCUGCCUGUGGUGCAGUGGCUGAAGGAUGGAGGAAUUGCUGCAAGUCGGAAUCUUUCUUCGGUCCUCAGUCCUUCUGGGAAUAUGCACUUUUCCAUAUCAGACCAAGGAAACCUGACUAUCACUGGGCUGUUAUUAUCAGACGAGGGAAUUUACCGCUGCUGUGAUUACGUGCUGAAUCGCACUACGGAGAAGCAAACCCACAUUCAGCUACUUAUUGUCAGUGGCCCAACCGACGUGUCGACAGACGUAAAACCUGCUGCUGCUCUUCCCAAUGGGACACUUUUUGUCCAAAAGGACUCCACCAUUUCAUUCAACUGCUCAAGCGAGUCAUAUCCAUCCCAAGUCCUGUCCUGGGUUUUUCAGGGUAGCCUCCUGUCUUCGGGAAACAAAUCCUCACUGGAGUUCAGCAUCCCCAGCAUCCAGCCCACCAAUCAGGGAAUGUACAGCUGCAUAUCCCAGAAUGCACUUUCAAAUCAGACAGCCAGCAAGAGCACCUCACUGCUAGUGUACUAUGCUCCUGACCGGCACCCAGAGUGCUACUGUAAUGCAGGAAAUGACUCCUUGCAGCUUCUGCUGCACUGUAGCUGGCCUGGAAGCUACCCUUUACCCAUGUUGCACUGGGAGGCACAGCUAGACGCCCGUGGGACCAAACAGUCUAUACUCAAUGUCUCUGUGACAGCAGAGAGUUUGGAGGUGACCCUGAACAGGUCCCAGUUGUACAAUGGCCAAACCGUGGAGUGCAAAGCACACAACCAGGUGCUUAACUCUGAAGCAAAGUUCUGCUCCAUCACUCUGCGGGCUCCCUUUCCUCAGGGGGACCCCAUGGUUACUGUGGUGGAAGGGAGAAACGUCACACUGACGUGCUCGGAGUCCAGCUCACUCCCCCCAGCCAAAACCACGUGGCGAAGAAAAAUCAGCCAAGAGGAAAUCGUCCCGGGCACCAAGUAUGUCGUCUCCGAGCUGGGCCCCGCGUUCAGCCUCCAGAUCGUUAACGUCACCAAAGAGGACGAAGGCCCGUACUUCUGCAGGAGCGAGAACCCCCUCAUGGUGCAGGAGCUGGAAGUCUACCUGACUGUUAAGUCUUCUGAAUCAUAUGCUGGAGGGGUUGUUGGGGCAUUCAUUGCUGCUUUAAUAAUUGGGAUUGGGAUUGCUAUUGGCACGUCAGCGUACCAUAACCGUGACAGAAUUUGCCUUGGUGGUGACUUUGGGUGAGUAUAUCAGGGUCAUAAAUUCUACAAGCUAACUCCAACUGCACUGUGCAUAUUUAAAGUUCACUUACAUGGAGACUUCCACAUCCCAUUCACUAAAAUAUCACAGAGGUAAAUGUUUCAAGUACAAUAUGAAAUAAGAUCACCAGGAUACAAGACGACAAUUUAUGGAUAUUGCAUCAGAAACAGUAUUUCAAAUCCCCUUAAAAUGUCAGAACCAAAUGAGAUUAAUCAAGUUACCAUUCUUACGCUCCAAAACAAAAGAAUCAUCGUAAAUGGUCAAUU